UCAGUCUCAAUAAUCAUUCAUCUCAUUCAAUCCUCAAUUUCUCUCUCAUCCCCAAUCAAAAUCCAAAUCUAACAAAAACCCAUCAAAAUUAAACCUUUAAAAUCAAAAACCCACUUUCUCAAUUUUUAAUUUGAAUGAUUAUGGCCUCAGAAAUUACAUUUUCUUCUACUAAAACUCCAAUAUCAACAAAUUCUACCAUUUAUUUUGAUGAAAAAUGGAAACUUUCAAAGAAAGAUGGAAGUAAUAGAAGGAAUGUAAGUACAAGAUCAUCAUCUUCUUCUUCGUUUCUUUCAGGCAAUUCGUCGAACAAAAGAUGUGCAUUCUCAAGAAAGUGUGCUAGGCUUGUUAAAGAACAAAGAGCAAGAUUUUAUAUUAUGAGAAGAUGUGUUGUUAUGCUAAUUUGUUGGAGGGAUUAUGGAGAUAAUCUUGAUUAAUGAAAAUGAUUAAUUAAGAAAAAUAAAGGGGCUAUUUUUUUAUUUUGGGAAAGAUUAUUUCUUUCUAAAGUUUGCUCCUUUUUGGAAUUUAGGUAGUUUUCCUCUUAUUUUUCCAAUGAGAUGGGUUUUAUGUUGGAUUAAUUU